AGAUUUAGUGUGUCUCCCAGGACUGAGUAGCCUACAACAAGUGGCUAGUGUUCAUCUGAAAUAGCAGCUUUGCCUACUCAAUCCGCUGCAGGCUGAAAUCAAGUGCUUCGGCAUAAACGCGAAUAAAUAUUAUGCACUCUGAAUGGGUACCAAUGCCAUGAGCCACGCUGUGGAUAGAGUCUCCAUUGUCCUUCAGCGCAUGCGCACUGGAGACGUGCUCAGAGAAAGGAACGGCUGAGCUGCGCGAGCUUGUAGAUGAGUAGUGCGUUUAGUCGCUGAACGAUAGGAAGGAUGCGUUUCUCCGCUUUAUGUCGAGUUCAGUUCUGUUGUCGAAACUGAGUGGUGGUGUGUAUUUACGGGGGUUAAUUCACAAAUUCACCAAACAAAGUAGCAACUUGUGAGGCGAAUGUGAAUAGUGAAGGGAGGAAACAGUGAAGCUAGUCACCUGGGGAUGAAAGUACAAACCGUCGGUUGCGCGCGAGACUGUUGAUAAAGGUUCAACCUGUGAUCUCUGGGGAAUGGCGCAGCCAGACGUUUCUGUCUGACUCAUGCAGGGGCAGUUACACUGCAUUCUGGAGUCUGUAAUGGUAUUCAACCCGGUCUUGCAGAUAAGAUGUCUUGGAACUGCUCCACCACUGACUCUUCAUUACACUCUGAGUGUAAUGAAACAGCAGUAGUGGAAUGCACUUAGCUUAAUUAUGGUUCCACAAACUCACUGAUACUCACUGUGUCUCACUGGAAACUGCAUGUGCCUUCAACUCUAACCUAAUCAUACAAGAUAUAAAUCCAGAGGAGUUAAUUUGUCUUUUAGUUGGGAGAAUAAAUUUGCAAAGAUGCCCAUCUUGAAGCAACUAGUGUCAAGCUCAUCUCAGACCAAGCGACGUUCUCGCAUGGACCUUACUACGGAAAUGAUUAGUGCUCCGUUGGGAGAUUUUCGUCAUACCAUGCAUGUGGGCAGGGGUGGUGACGCUUUUGGAGACACUUCCUUUCUCUGCAGCCGCUCUGGCGAGCCCCCACAAGAUACUAGUUCUAAUCCCCGCUCUCCCAAGCUGGGCCUACUGUCCAGACCCUUCAGAAUGAGCAAGCGCUCCCAUUCCGUCACUCGAGUGGACCAGCGGGACAACACACAAUUACCCCCAAGUGGCUCACCAACGUAUGUGAAAAAUGCCCUGUCACUGCCUUUUCUGAAUGAUGAGGAUGGGAAUACUGAAGGCGCUAGGUUGCUCAAGAGCCUAGCCUCCAGCCCCAUGAAGCAGCAGGCCUCCAAUGGGGCAGCCGCUCAUGGCCUAGAUCUGGAGCUCCACGAGAGGUCCUUCGGGGAGCUGACCGACUUGCGACCAUCUCCAUCUUAUAAUGGGGGAGGCAUGAAGCAUGCCGAGUCAGUUAUGUCCUUUCAUGUGGACCUGGGGCCUUCUAUGCUAGGAGAUAUUCUAGGAGUCAUGGAGAAGGAAGAAGAUGACCUGGGCUUUGAGGAGGGCAAAAACAGCGAGGGACGGGCUUCCCCUCUUCUCAGCAACCAAGAAGUAGCAGAGGAGGAGGAGGAGGAGGAGGAGGAGGGAAUGAGAGAAGAUGAGGUGAAAGUAGAGGAGGCGGAAGAGGAGGAGGAGGAGCAGCAGCAGGAGAUGGAUCUGGAGGUGGAACAUAAGGCUACUCUUCAUGCCCCCAGUUCAGUAGACCUGGAAAUUAAAAGUGAGGUGAUCAGCACUCCUGAGCCUCAACACAAACACCUUCAGCACUCUGACAGCUACUCUGUUUCCAGUUCUGGCUCCCAAGCCAUGGAGGACAAACAACUCUGCCAGCCUUAUCAAGGAGACAUGGACAGCACCACCUACAGCUACCACCCUGGGGAGGAAGGAGCCUUCUCUUCCUUCUUGGAGGACGAGGAUGAUGAGAUCCGUGUGUGAGACUCUAAGCCUUGUGGAAUCUGUAUGGGGAUAGAGACAUGUAAGCAACUGUGACACUGUGUUAAUGAAACUGAAGGUCUAUAACUGCUCCUCGACCCUGUGAGGGAAGUGAGCAAAACACAUCUAAUGGCCCAGCAGAGGACCUCAUAGCACCUGCCUGGGUCUAGCAGCUGCCAGUUUUUCCACUGGACAUGUGAGUGAUGAUGAGGAGACUUCUGAAGAAGGAAAAAGAAUGUCUUUAAUGUCAUAACCUCAUCACUUGCCUUUGCAUUCUGACUCUAACAUUGGGUAUUUGUGUGUAAGGCUUUUGGUCAUGUGUGCUACAGGUGCUGGCUAAUGGCAUCUACUGACAGGUAUAUUUUCACUACACAAUAAGCACACUCUUUGCUGAGGGGAUAAAGGAGCAUGCAGCUAAUGCUGGUAUGCCCACGGGACAUGUUAUGUAUCUGCCUGGCCUGUGGAUGAGUGUAAAAAUUUUGACAGUAAUUACAGCAUUGCAGUGCGUGUGAAGGAUUUUGGUUACGCAUCCUGUUAGACACUGUCAUUAGGGCAGCUGACAGAGAAGGAUGGGAAAUCAUUCUGUAAUAUAGAUAACAAACCAGAAACUGAAAGGGGGUGCAGUGCCAGAUGUUUUGUGUUCCGUUUUCCCUCCACUAACUGUCCAUAAUUCUGUACUAGCAGUGGUGACAGCUGGGAAGCUUCAUGUCAGGCGGGAUUCAUGUCUGUAGAGGAUUUUGUACACUCGUUGCCUGUGUGGUGUCUUUAUCUCACCACUUCCUUCCUCAUCAUGUGACAGUAACUGUUUAGCUCUGCAGCUAGCUGGUUAAGAUGGUGCAGAAAUGUUGCUGUAUCUCUGUAUUAAGUUAUGCUGCCAGGAACAGUCUGUGAGAUUGGGUUGAAAUUGGGUUUUCCUACCUAGCAUUAUUAAAGCAAAUAAGAACACUGCACUAAUUAAACUAAACUCGGGUUUGGUAUACAAGGCAGUGUAUUUCAGCACCAUUGUAUAGUGUUAAAAUCACCUGGGUGAGGGAUAACCUGUACACUAACGUCUACUUAGUUUCUUUUAUUUGUUCACAGAAGUCAUGUUGUAAAAUGUGAAUAUGUGAGGCCUUUACUGCUGCCCAGUCUGUGCUCGUGUGCUUGCCUAUAAUAGCUUACUCAUUUCUGUCUUCUGUAGGCUACAGGGACUAGCUGUUCUACAAAAGUGCUGAGUUGUAAGAAAUGCUUGCAGAGCAUUUAGCAGCAGGGUUGUCUUCAGCCUUAAGUAGAAAUGACAAAAGUGCCAAAUUUAAUCUGCCAUGUAAUCCUAAGUAAAACUAGCAAUUUGUAUAUCAUCAAACAAGGGAUUUUACAGUCUAGGUCCCUAAGUGACUUUAUUCAAAUAAGGGGCUAAAACCUCAUACUUAAUUCACUGAAAUGCUUAGCUUGAAUGUAUUUGCUUAAACCACAGAAUAGCAAAAUCACAGAAGUUCCAAGUUAUUUGCCUUUUUUUUUUUUUUUUUUUUGGAAAAUCUGUUUUGAAUAUAAGAAUGUAAAUAUGGGGAAAUAGUUGCAGAUUUGCUGUGCCAGCUGAAUUUUAAAUUCAGAGGUCUGUUAGAAUCCAGUCUUCUGAAAGAUAACACUGUUUAUUAUUGCAUUUUGCUAGUCUUUGUUACUUUGUCCUCUUAUGCAUACAUUUCUUGCUUGGAUGGCCUUGUUUUGAAAAUGCAACAUAACAACUAUAUUUUUCAAUAAAAGGAUGUUAUCACCAA